CCCCUCCACCGAUGGAAAACCCACCCGAUCUGCAUGACAUCAUCGCAGUCCGUAAAUAGUAUUCGUGAUCCUUACGAUACGGACGGAUGCUCCCCAAUGUGUACGCUUGCGCCAAAAACUGCCACACGCCGGUCUCGUGUCUACUGGUAGCAUAGAUCGAUACAUAUGUGGAGUGCAUUCGCGAAAACGCAUCGUGCCACGAGUUGCAACAACAAGAUGCAUCCAUUCAGAAAUGGGAAACCUUGGUGUGCCAGCUGUUGCAGCCAUUGCGGAAACGGCAGCGUCCAGUUAGAUUUGGGCAGCUUCCCGCUGUAGAUAGAUGACAAUGGAGAUUGAAGUGCAAGGUGGUGAUAUUGAAAUGAUUCCUACCGAUGGCGACAACAUUGGCGAAGUGGAAAAUAUUAUAAAUACACCAACGUCAUCGGCUGUCAACAGAGAGGUUGUUCGGCUAUCGAUAAUGGCGCUGUUUCUGGCUGGCUUCAGGCGUGACCCAUACCCGUGGAUGGAAAACACGGACCACGCCGAAACUGCGGAAGGUGAAGUUGGCAUCGAUUUCCAUCCGGAUUUGUAUCUGGCGCAGACAAUUGGACCCACGUUAAUUGCACUGUUAAUUACGUGCAACGUUAGAGUGAGCAAUGUAAGAGAGCUGCUUAGCAUCGUCCACCCACCGGUUUGCCUUUGGUAUGCACUGGGAUGCAUCAUGGGCUACCUUCGAGAUGUGUUGCCUGUAUGUGGUUUCGCAUUGGAAUUGCUGCAUGAUGCUAAGGUGACGCUGUACUAUUAUCAGAUCAUGAUCUACAGUUCAAGCAGCGACAGAAGCGGUUCAAUCGUCUUAGGGGCAAUGGCACAAUGCCUAGGCAAUGCACUAAUAGAGUGGAUGAAUUACGAUAUGCAACAGGUGUGGACCAAUUCCAAAUACUUCAUGGAUUUGAUCGUUGCAAUGGUGCAUUACAUCAUGUUUUAUCCCCGAGAAUCUUGGAAUAAUUCGCUGAAGGAUUGUUUUGAAGAAAGCAAUCGUUACGCUUUCCGUGAGUUCAUAGGAGUAGCAGUUUUUGGAGUUAUAAUGCUCUCUUCGAUCAACAGUGUCUUGUUGCAAUGGUUGAUAAGCGGCAAAGAUGAGCCCCAAAAACCAUUCCUGCCCAGGUUGGUCGCCUUCGACAGCAACGAUUACGUCUGGUUCACACUAGUCAAUGUGGUAAUCCCCGUUGGUCUACAAACCAUAGUGACGUGGUUCAACCCAGGCAAGCAAUGGAUUGUCUCGUUUACAGCCAACUUCGCUGCCCUGAGUGUGUGUCUGACCAAUACUCACAUGAAGUACAGUUUCUACAUCAUGCUGGCAACAAUCACAAUGACAUCUUUCACAUUCGGCAAAGCACUAGCACAGUUGGUGGAAGUAUGUCCAAGGAAUAAGAUUAUUCUGCUGCCGGCAGCUGUAUUCGUGGGCGCACACAUGACGAUGUACCUCUUCGGUGCAUUACUGAGGAUACUCCCGAAGGCCUUGAAGGCGCAAAAUAUCGUACUGAUUGGCGUGUGCGUUGUCAACGGGGUAUACGCUGUGGCGUUGGUGGUCGCCAACGAGUUGCUGGUCACCGAUUCCUCUAGAAUAGGAAGGAGAAGGAUCCGGCGCAUUAUACGGACAAUUGAUCUGUAGAGCUGUGUUGUUGUUUGGAUGUGUGUUAGAUAAAAAGAAGCGCGCAAAUAGUAUGUGUUCAUUGUUAAUAGCGUUAGCUUUUCCACAAUUAAUAAGUAGUCAAGUGUAAUUGAUAAAUAUAUUGAAUGUUUCCUAUUGCAAUAAACAAUA